AUGGAUACACCCCGAGUUCAGGUAGGCGCGCCGGAGGUCGCCCAGGCUCCUGAGAGCACCCAAAACACUGAAACACCCGAUGUGGAUAUGAAUGAGACUCAGCAGAGCGCGGUGAAUGAAUCCCAAGCGGACGCGACACAACAGGAUAUUUCUCUGUCUGACGCGCAGCCACCUAGUUCAGCACCAACAGAACCGCCGCAACCUCCCAAGAAGAAGUCAGGGCUUCAUUUUCUUGACUACCUGACGUCGCCCAUUGUGGAACUCAUCGUCGGGAAGGACGAGCACAAGACUUCCUUAACAGCGCACCAGAGCUUGUUGUUGGAGUCGCCAUUCCUUGCGCAGGCUGUCGCCGCAUUCAGCGAAUCAGGUCCCGUACGCACUAGCUUCCUCCUGAGCAGUAUUCUGGAUGCUUUUACUAAUACAAUAUCUGGCAUGCAGCGGCGUAUUGAGCUUCCCGAUGAGAACGUCGAGGCAUUCGGUUGCUUCCUCCAGUUCCAAUAUACCCAUGAGUACUCCGCAUCCCCCGCCGAUCCAUCCGCCGAUCAAGACGUUGUAGGCGAACUGGAUGAUAGCGGCGAGCUACUGUUGAAACACGCGCGUGUCUACACUCUAGCAGAGAAGCUCGGCGUGCCUGCGCUCAAGAGUCUGGCACACUCGAAGAUCCACCGUAUCAACAGUACCUCUCACGGAGAGAUCGCGUACGCUCGUUAUGUCUACACGCACACGCCCGUCGACGAUGUCACUAUUCGAAAGCCCGUCGCCUCCUUCUGGGCCACCAGAAGCCAUGUGCUGCGCCACGAGGCUGAAGAGGAGUUCAAGAAGCUGUGUCUUGAAAUGCCUGAGUUCUGCUUUGAUGUACUCAGUCUUGUUCUUGACCAAAAAGAGAAACGUGCCCAAGAUCGAGCAGAGACCGAAUCGGGCAUUAAAGGCAGUGGUAGGAAACGUCUCAAGAGCGGUAUCUAG